AUUAUUAACCUAGUUACUGAAAAAUUAACAAAACACUUGUUUGUUGGGCAGCAAAUGUAAUGAUUUUAAUAUAGGUAUUUUUUUUUGUGUGAAGGUUAAUGUGGACCCAUAAGUAUUGCACAAGGAAUAAGUGGAUAUACUUUAAAAAUGAAAUUGGUAAUAAUGGAAAAAUUACUUACAUUUUAAGAUUUCGAAUAAAUUUUCAAAGCCCCAACUUUGCAGAAGGCGUUUUAAUGUUAAAGUUUCCUCGAUUUCUGGUUCAGACUCAGCUUGAUAAGUCAGCCCAGAAUAGUUUAAACCAAUUUCAAGAGGAUUAGACAGGCUGGAUAAAUUGAGACCACCUUCGUCUUCGUUGUCUUUAGUUGAAUUGAGUAGAGAAUUUACAAACUGAUUUGUUUAUCUUACUGAAAAAUCAUCAUCCAUCUUUACUACACCAAUUGUUUACUCACUCUUAUAAAAUAUAAAAAAUAACUCACAAAACCCUGAGUGUAUAAUACAAAAUGAAGAAAAUUAUUUCCUAUUCCUAUUAUUUGGCGCGCAAUUUUAUCAACGUGCAACGCGAGCCGUAUUGUGGAAAAGAAUGAAACGGGCCGCAAGCAAAGAAUAUGUAUCGUGUGCUACUUAUAUUUCCAGAAAUACCGAAAAACGUUACAAAAACUGCUUUGCGAUGUGACACUGGUGGCAAACUCCAUGGAAAUACCGGCUCAUAAAAUGGUUUUGGCCGCCUGCUCUCCAUACUUUUACGCCAUGUUCUCCAGUUUCGAAGAGAGCCGUCAAGAUAGAAUUGUCAUUCAACAAGUCGAUCAUUAUGCCUUGGAGCUACUGGUCGAAUACUCAUAUACUUCAGAAAUUCAAGUAUCUGAAGAAAAUGUCCAAGUCCUCUUACCGGCGGCCCAUUUACUACAGCUUACCGAUGUUAGAGAUGCUUGCUGCGAUUUUUUACAGGGUCAGUUACACCCCACAAACUGUCUAGGCAUUAGGGCAUUCGCCGACCUACACGGUUGCCUAGAACUUUUAACUAACGCGGACAAUUAUGUUGAAACUAAUUUUCCGGAAGUAGUUGAAUGCGAAGAGUUCUUGUCUCUGUCACACCAGCAAGUGGCUCGUCUCAUUAGCAGCGAUAGACUGACAGUACCGUCAGAGGAAAAGGUUUUUGAAUGUGUUAUUGCUUGGGUGCAUCAUGACGUAGACGCUCGUCAGCGCCAUCUGGCCUCAUUGAUGGAGUAUGUCAGGUUGCCCCUUAUGUCUCAGGAUUAUUUGGUUCAAAGGGUGGAGGAAGAGCCCUUGUUGAAAGCAGAUUUACAAUGCAAAGAUUAUUACAUUGAAGCUUUAAAGUUUCAUCUUUUAAAAGGGGAUACUAAGAUAACUUUUAGGACUCCUAGGACAAAACCGCGACAGCCCGUAGGACUCCCGAAAGUACUUUUAGUAGUCGGCGGUCAAGCUCCUAAAGCCAUUAGAAGCGUGGAAUGUUACGACUUUAAAGAGGAAAGGUGGUACCAGGUGGCGGAAAUGCCCACACGCAGAUGCAGGGCUGGACUCGCGGUCGUGGGAGGAAAAGUAUACGCGGUAGGUGGAUUCAACGGUUCAUUACGUGUUAAAACGGUGGACGUAUACGAUGCCGCCCACGACUCCUGGUCCAGUUGCGAAUGCAUGGAAGCCCGUAGAUCGACUUUGGGGGUGGCGGUGCUUAAUAACAGCAUCUAUGCCGUAGGCGGCUUCGACGGUUCCACCGGCCUAAAUACCGCCGAAGUGCUGGAUUUAAUCACGCAAAAAUGGCGUACGAUCGCCACCAUGUCGACCAGGCGAAGCAGCGUCGGAGUUGGCGUGCUAAAUGGUCUUCUUUAUGCUGUGGGCGGAUACGAUGGAGCUUCGAGACACUGCCUCAGCUCCGUGGAAUGUUAUAACCCCGAAAGUGAUAGUUGGAGGGCGGUGCCUGAUAUGUGUGCGAGAAGGAGCGGAGCAGGUGUUGGUGUCCUGGAUGGUGUCCUCUAUGCGGUCGGCGGACAUGAUGGUCCACUAGUGCGCAAAUCUGUCGAAUCUUACGAUCCCACAAAAGACCAAUGGACUCCGAUAAGUGACAUGGCCUUUUGUCGACGAAACGCCGGCGUGGUGGCCCUAAAUGGUUUAUUAUACGUCGUGGGCGGUGACGACGGUUCCAGCAACCUGGCAUCGGUGGAAGUCUAUAAUCCGAAAAGCGACUCGUGGACCCUGUUGCCGAGUUGCAUGGGUAUCGGCCGUAGCUACGCGGGCGUAGCGAUCAUCGAUAAGCCCAUUUGAAAAUCGGAGUCUGUUGGCGGCGGGUCUAUAGGAUUUCCAUCUAACGGUUCGAUUGGCAGAUACGCGAACUGUGACGAGAACAGUAGCGUAGAGGGUGCGGUGGGGUACGACGUGCGCGCCACGUCGAUAUCAUCGUCCACCGGUGCCGUCCAGGAGAACAUUUACGAACCGAUUUGUCCCGAACCCGACGCCAACAGCCGACAAGAG